AUGGGUGGUUACCCAAAUCCGCGAGACUGCUCAAAAUGCAUUUGUCCACGUGGAUACGGUGGUGCGCAAUGCAACGAAAGACCACAAGCAAAAAAAUGCGGUGAAACACUUACUGCCUCGCCCAAAGCAAACACUAUCUCUUAUACAGUGGGAGAUAUGUUGAACUCAAAAGAAAAGGAUGACUUUGAAGAAUGCUACUACUGGAUCCAGAUUCGAAGCUAG